CCGCUCCCUCAAUAUAAACACCGCCGGGAGUUUCCGAAAAAUCACAUUCAGACGUCAAGACUGAACAAUGGUUAACAUGAGCUAUCGCCAAUUUUUACUAAACUAUCCACAUUCGAGUUCAAGACAGUCGAGAAGGCGAGCGAAUAAAAGAAAAAGGAAUUGUUGGGACAAGCUAUCUCCAACAAAUUGGCAUACUUGAUUAACAGAGACUUUCUAAAGGUCCAGUGUGAACCGUGUGGCCGAGUAUCUGUGCGUUGCGACUGAUUGGCGAGAUGACUGCCGAGUGGCUACACCUGCCCCCGCCGUACCCCCCUGGCGUGGGGCCGUUGUGUGGUGCAGAGUUGGAGGCGUGGUAUGAGGACCUGCAGGAUAUUCUGGGCUCCGACACGGGAGGGGCAAAACUGGCACGUGCCCCCACAUGCACCGAGAAGGAGCCGGAGUUUCUGGAUGUUCUGGAGAGUUGUUCUCUGACAUGGCUGACGGACGGAAGCCAGACGUGGGGCGAAGGUGUCCAGAGGGCAACAGAGGAGAUCCACAACACCCAGCCUCUGCAUCACACCUCAUCAUCAUCCUCCUCCUCUUCCUCCUCCUGCAUGAGUCCAGCUGUUGCAGAAGAGCGGCGGGCGGAUGCUGAGAGUGGGAGAAGUGGAGAUAGUUCGGCAGGAGGUGGCAGUGAUCUGCUGCCUCCAGAGUUCUUUGAGUUGCUGAGUGAAGGAGGAGUUGGAAUGGUGGAUGCAAGCGGAGCCGUGAUCAGUGGUGGCUAUUAUUACCACCACCAUCAACACCACCAGGCUAAUAAUGUCCAUCCUGCAUCUCCUUCAGCCAGUGAGGAGGAACUGCCCUGUGUCCCCGAUUCUCCAUCCUGCUCCUCCUCUGCCUCCCAGUCGCCGUCUCAGAAUUGUUCCUCCCCCUCCUCACCUGUCUCUUCUCCCUCUGUCUACCCAUCCUCCCGCCUGGGAAAACGCAAGAGGACCACCAGCGAGAGGACCAAUGGUGCCUUGUCCUCUUUCGCCUCCUCCACACAGCGCACAUCCUCAUCUUACUCAUCUGCCAAAAAGAGUCGCAAAGAAAGAGAACAAGAGAACGAGAGGAAGGUACAGGAACUGACGGAGCAGAACGAGCGCUUGAAAGCGGAGAUUGAAAGGCUUGGAGAGGAGGUACAGAGGACACGUAGAGCCCUGAUAGAGAGACUAGUCAACACCAGGAAAUGAGGAUGAGGAAUAAAAGAUGACAGGUCCUACAGAAUUGGAAUAAGCAGUGGUGGGGAAAGGUGUAACAUGGUAGUCACAUGAAAUGCCUCUUAGACAGAAAAGGAUGGAAACCAAAGAUAUAAUUUUAUAAGAGAGGAUUUUUGAAAGAGAGAGCUGAAGAAUGCAAGAAGAAGGAAAGCAAUGAAAGUCAAAACAAGAAAAGGCACAGAGAGAAAGGGCUGCAACAGCAUUGCGGCAAAUAAAAAGACACAGCAUGUAUAAAGGAAAAGGAAGAACAGACAGCUCUAAGUGAAAAUCAUGCAGUGGUUCUGAUGAAUGUUUGUCAUUUUUAAGAAUGCCUAAUACUAAGUUUCAUCACAUAGAAUGGUAGAAAUAACAGUUAUGCGCAUUUGAUGAUUUGUAUGUAGGACAGAAAGGAACUUAAUUCAGAGAGUGCAUUUCAUCGUCAUACGUUCCCACCAUUUUGCAAUAAAUUGUAACUCCUACUUUAAGGGCUGCAAUCUGGCUAGCAGAGAUUAUUUGCCCCAAUUUGUGGAGAGUUUAGGAGCUCAGGAAAAGUUUGAAAGUGCCCAGUGCAGUGUGAGAAUGAGAGAAUGUUUUUUUUUGUUUUUGUUUUUUUGGGAGAGAAUUCAGACUCUUUCUUACUUUUUUAACCCAUGGCUUGUGUGUGUGUAUUUAGAUAAAGCAAGUAGAGCCCGGCUAUACUUUCUAAGCUGACCUUUUCUAUCAAUAUGGGAAUUUUGGUAGAAUUAUUAAGUUCUACCCUGAUUUACUAUUUUUAUACAACGCUGUAAUAUAUACAAUUGUACUGUAACGGCUUGUACUGUAAUAUGCCAACAUAGUCACUGUUAUUUUCUCAUUGUAGUCAAAUAAAUUGUUAAUCGUAGAAUAAUAUGCAUGGCUUUUUAUCACUGAUGGCAUCAAAUACAUGUAUUUUACCAUACCGUUUAUUUUAUCCUUCAUUGUAAUCCAAAAUUUGCAAUAAAAGAAAAAAAAUUGUGCAA